UUGCCCUGAAAUAUUAUAACAAAGCCGUGAAAAGAAUUUAUGCGCUGACAGCGUGUCUCUCCCGCUGCUCCCCGCUUGUUAUUCGCUCCUCUGUAUCGCGACGCGGCUGCCCCAAAUCAGCAAUAUCUCCGCCCCUCGCCGGAAUCUGCUUGAUCCGAACUCACUCUAUUCUUCCGCGCCAUCUCACCGCAGCCCCUGUCGUCCGCCCAAACGGGGGUAAUUUUGAUCGUCGAGAUUGUACAUUUAAGGCAGGUUUUAGUGUAAAUCAUUCAAUGGCGAAAAGGCCUGGACCAAGACCUAGCAAAUUAUCAGUGUACCUUUACAUUCCUAAUAUCAUUGGAUACAUCCGGGUUCUUGUAAACUGUGCUGCCUUCUACCUAUGCUUCAGAAACAGAAUGCUUUUCUGUAUUCUCUAUUUUUUCAGCUUUGUCUGUGAUGCUGUGGAUGGUUGGUGUGCUCGCAAAUUUAACCAGGUGUCAACCUUUGGAGCUGUUCUGGACAUGAUAACAGACAGAAUCAGUACAGCUUGUCUACUUGUAAUUCUUUCCCAAGUAUACAAGCCUGGUCUGAUCUUCUUGUCACUGCUUGCCUUGGAUAUUGCAAGCCACUGGCUGCAAAUGUACAGCACUUUCUUGCUGGGCAAGGAUAGUCAUAAAGAUGUAAAGGACAGCACUAGCUGGCUUUUUAGGGCAUAUUAUGGGAAUAGGAUGUUUAUGGCUUACUGUUGUGUCUCCUGUGAGGUCCUUUACUUAAUCCUAUUUCUUCUGUCAGAGAAUCAAACAGACAAAUUGGUGGAUGUGUUAGCGAGUAGUCUGCAAAAGAUAUCAAUAGUUUCUUUCCUGGUUGGUACAAGUUUAUUUGGAUGGGCGAUCAAGCAAGUUGUAAAUAUCAUUCAGAUGAAGACAGCGGCAGAUGUGUGUGUGCUUCACGACAUUGAGAAAAAGCAAAAACGCUAAUGCUUUUUGCAUGACCAUGAAUCACUAGAAUGAGGAAUGAUUUGAUGUCCGGCUUUUUCUAUGAAGAUGUUUGUUUUAUGCCAUGCCCUGGCCCCGUCCACUGCGCCUUCAGGCGAAGGGAUUUUAAAGUAACUGGAAUUGGUUUAGUUUCAACCAUUUGUAAUGAA